AUGUUAUAUACCCGUUCUGCUAUCGCUUCUAUACGCCUGAGCUCCGCAAGCUGUCGGGCGUGCGUGUGAGGGCUUGCGUUCCUCGCGCGCACUUCCGCUGUGUCAGCGGCCUCAGGACUCUUUCGCCAGUUGCCGAUCGCUUUCGAAAGGGUACACUCGUCGCUUCGCCAGGCCUAAAACAAGAGAAAAGUGACGCAGGGCGACCUUCAAGCUGCACGGCUCGUGUAGAGCAGCGAGCUUUUCGCACGCAAAGGAGCGCCCGUGGUCGCCCGUUCUGGGAUUCACAUGCCUCCUUCGCUCAGAACGUUCACCCUUGUGAUAGUCGGUGGCGUCAUCGGCGCCCUACUGGCCUACGGAGUGUACGCAUUAGUGACGUCCCGGCGGGAGCUAGUCACAAAGCCGCACAUCAUCUUCAUACUCGCCGAUGACCUGGGUUGGGGCGACGUCAGCUUCCAUGGAUCUCCCCAGAUCCCGACACCCAACCUGGACACCCUGGCCGCUGACGGAGUGGUGCUCAACAACUACUACGUACACCCAACUUGCACAGCGUCGAGGGGUGCACUCAUGACCGGCCUUUACGCGACGCGAUACGGUCUCCAGCACAUACCAAUUCAACCGGGUGAACCGUUCGGUCUUGACCUCAAGUACACCCUGCUUCCUCAGCAUCUGAAAAGACUCGGCUACGAGACUCACCUCAUCGGAAAGUGGCACCUCGGCAGUUACCGCUACGAGUACACGCCCACCCGAAGGGGCUUCGACACUUUCUACGGAUUUUACUACGGACACCAAGACUACUACACCCACAUGCUCCAUCACUCCCAGGAUGGAAGAGAGAUCUCGGGUCUGGACCUCUGGAACGGCACGCAGCCCGCAGAGGACGCCAUGGGAGUGUACAGCACCGAGCUGUUCGCCGAGAAAGCAGUACGCCUCAUCGAGAAUUUGGACAAGUCCAAGCCUCAGUUCCUGUAUUUGAGCCACCAGGCGGCCCAUUGCGGAAACUAUGAUCUUCUACUUCAGUCACCGAAAAAGAAUGUGGACAAGUUUCCUUACAUCGGUGAAAAGAACCGAACUAUCUACGCAGGAAUGGUUGACUCGCUUGACGAGGCCGUCGGAAGUGUGAUGCGAGCGCUGGGCGAAGCCGGCAUGCUGCAGGACAGCGUGAUCGUCUUCAGUUCGGACAACGGCGGCGUGCCCUGGGGCCACAUGGCAUCCCGUGGCAUCAACUGGCCGCUACGUGGGGCUAAGUCCACACCGUGGGAGGGUGGAUCCAGAGCGGCCGCUUUCCUGUGGUCGCCGCUGCUGGACAAGAGUCGCCGGGUCUCUCAGCAACUCAUGCACAUCACUGACUGGCUGCCCACGUUCUAUGCGCUCGCCGGAGGCUCGGUGAGUGACCUGGGACCCCUGGACGGCAAAGACAUGUGGGCAGUGGUGUCUCGGGACGAGCCCUCACCGCGUUCCGACGUCGUCUACAACAUCGACCCUCUGUGGGAGUUUGCAGCGAUACGGAGAGACAACUUCAAGAUUGUCGUUGGCUCAUUUGACGGCGGAAAGUUAGAUCAGCAUUUUCCCAUCCCAGGAGGACAAGGGACAUCGGAGAAACUAGACGUGCUUAUGGAAAGGAGCCUCGCUGCGGAUACGCUGCGAGCCCUCUACGGCAAGCAAGAGCUGGGUUUCGCGCUGGACUGGAGGGCCAACACCACGCUGAGUUGCCCGGGAGAACCGUGUGGCGACGAGUCGCGUUUCCAGUCAUCUGACAAAGUGUUUCUCUUCGACUUGGACAAGGACCCCUGCGAGUGCAACAACCUGGCCUCCACGCACAAGCAGGUGCUCAAUUCAAUGAACCGGACCUUGGAAGAGUACAGAGCGCAGACUGUUCCUCCUCUCCAUCCUGCUGUGGACCCGGCCUCAUUUCCCGAAAACCACAAUGGGACAUGGGCCCCCUGGGUCGAAUAAACGGACCUGAACUGUCUUGAAAAACUAGCCAAGUUGCCCACUCGUGCGCAUCUCCACAUUUAUAGCCUUUUUCUUGCACCCGGUCGCGGAGAUGUUCCACGCCAUGCCACAGAACGCCGCUAGAGGCAGUCAAGACAUACUGCAGUGCUUCUGGAAAGAUCGCCCAAAUAUGAGUGCUAAGGCAAUAUGGUUUUAGGAAUGCCACGGAGUAGAGGAAACUCUAGCGCCGGAGCAUGUGACUGCUGAGGACACGGGGGGAGCUCCGUGGGACCUUAGGUGCUCUGCAGAUAGGAAUAAAGGUGAAGCCUACUUUAUAUUUUGCGAUGCGAAACGCUCCGACGAGCGACGCCACACCAUUGAGAGGCAAACUAUUCAUUUGAAACAUCACUGCUGUUGCCUGGACAAGUGCAGGGCCACCGCAACCGUCCCGCAGGGCUGGUUUUACACGGGGAUAGCAAGCUUCUUCGUAUGGGUCAACUGUGACUUCAUUAUUGAUAUACAUGUGUUACGCAGACAUGCUCGUAAUAAAUAGGCCCUGUGCCAGUUUGAAUGCCAUUCGGUCUAUUUAGG